CGGCGGCGAUGGCGCUGGCCGUUCGGGGCCGAGGGAACCGCACGUCUCACGCUCACCCACGCACACACGCACGCACUCCUGCACGCAUAUACACACACACGCCAACAUGCACACAGCAUAUACAACACGCUCGCACUCGCACACGCACACCUCCACCCACCCCGAGCCCAUGUAUGCCAUCUGUAGCCGGGGCCCCCCAUGUCCAUGAAAGCAAGCAUAGCAUCACAAUGCCCAUCUCCAGAAGGUCCCCCAAUCUUGUCCUCCUCUUUCCAUCCGCCGUGGCUACCACUCGACGUUCAGGCACCACCUACACGCCCGCCCUUGUGUGAUCAGAUCCCAGGCCGGCGACUCUGACCUUCAGCGAUCCGGCUCUCGACUGCGACAUUUCAAAUGUCUUCCCACCGUUCUUCUGGUCUCCGUGCGGCCUGCCCGCUCCCGCUAUGUUGUCUGCGUAGUGCACAUGAUCUAUGCAAGCCUUCCCGACUGAACGAGUCUGCCAGCAGUAGAUUGUGCCCUUCAUUCCGCCCCGUAUUCUGUGCUCUCCAGGUCCAAAAUGAAGCAAUCACUGUUCUCACCCGUAGCUGAAUGUGCCAGAUGGCGAGAACGCCUAGGAGCUGGGCUCGCCAUCCCGUCCGCCGCUCCGGGAUGAAGCUGUGUAACACGAGAGAAGUGCUGUAUCCCAGUUCCCUUGCAUCAAGGAUCCUGCUGAGCAACACUCGCCGCCAACAAAGACCUCCCAUAAUUGUUUUCCGUACACUUUUGACAACUGCAGCCUGCGAAGGAGGACGCAUUCGCCCUGAGCUGAUGCAAUCGCCCGUCUCGGCGGCGAUGGACAUCGCGUCGGUCUUCUGUGUUUUCGACGUCGUCGGCGUUGGAGGCAUUUCGAGUGAGUUCAAAGGAUCCGAGUCAAUAGGAUGAUUGCUUGAUCCCGAAUUGCGCCCCUAUGCCCGCAUUCACGGACAGAACAACCUGUUUCUCUAUGUGCAGCAGGAACGACACCAAGUAGGAACGCACUUGCAAGUGGCAAUCAGCCCUGCUUGUUUCAUGUCACUGUUGGAUUCAACUACAUCAGCAACAGCAACACCUUUCUUGACCUUUGACCCCCAAUAUUAGACGAAACUAUGCACUCCUUUGCGCCCCAAUCAUACAACGUCUCAUGAUCGUUUCCAACCCUUUACGUCAUCUCUGAAUAGCUGCCCGCCAUGACCAUCUUCUUUACGCAAUGGGCGCUAUGGGAGAAGAUGACGUUUGUACGUGACGAUGAAAAAAAAAUUGGUCGACGCGAAUGCUGACUUCUCGCAUAGUGUCUCGGCCUUGCUAUUGUAUGUCAUGCGUCCAUCGGCUUUUCUCAAAUGCUGACAGCUCAGGUCUUCGCCAUCAUUCUUGGCUUCACAAAAAACCUAUACGCUAGAUGGCGGUUGCGCAGCUACUCAACCGUAGACGCACAAGUUCUUGACCCCUCUCCAAACAUGCUCGAAUCCCGAAUUGCGAGCAGUUGUGCAGCUCCCUUUGGCAUUCGAGCGCUCGAAAGCGGAGUAGAGAUUGAAGGGGUGUGGAUAUCUGGUCCAAACACUCCCGUGGCGAGUUGCCCGGGAAGUCCGUUGAGCUCGCCAGCUGGCAGUAUCUCUUCGCUAUGUAUCGACGAGUCGAACACCACUACUUUCGCUGUCGCCGAUCUGGCAGGAGCUGCGACAGAUAGCAUACAAUCAUCAGUGCAGUCCUGGAGCUCUACCUCAAGGCGAAUAUCUGAUUCUGGUUCGGUAGCGAGCUGGACGAUCGAUUCGCAUGGCAUCAAGCAAGCAGAAACGUAUCGUCCCCAGCCUUCCUCAACACCUGCAGCCAACAUGCCACAAGCUUCAUCUCACUCACAUGAGCCCAGAAGAAGCAAUAGUAGCUCGGCCGAUCGAACCCUCAAAAGAACGUUGACUUCAUCGAGUGAUGGCAAUUACAAGCCACGCUCCUCCUCUACCAUGCCCACUAGUCCUACGAUCUCGAGAUCUAACAGCGAAAGGAAAAGAAUAUCACAAGAUCACUCAAGCGCCUCGACGGAAACGACCAAGGGUUACCUGGUCGAACCCGAGGUGGACCUUCGUCUAUUAUACAGUCACAGAUUAUCACAUGUUGCCGAGACUGGACAACUUAUUCCUCGCACCAAGAAAUCACCGGUCGUGAGCGGUGAAUGGCCCAGAAUGAAUGCCACGCGCGACACAAGGUCACGUUAUCCGCCAAUCAGUAUGAACAACCGUCGUGUCUCAAAAUCGCUUCCCACAAGUCCGACCUCCGAAAAGCAAGACCCGUUUGACGUCGCUGCCCCCAACCCCUCAAUGACCCCCAGCAGCGUGUCUGUGACCAAUAACAGGGUUCUAGACUCUCCUACAAUGGACACAUCGCAAGCAGAACCUCUUUCCGUCCGUGACGAUCACGAUCCUGUUACUGUGCCAACUCUCCCCCGAGACUUUUACGAACAACACAGUGGAGCUGUAAGCGCCAUAGCUAUGCUUUCGAAGCCCAAGGCUGCACGCUCGACUUCCACCAACUUCGAGCAUGAGAGAGGAUCCAAGGUUUUGCGACGCGUGAACGAUGACUUUGAGAUUCUACGAGCGGGCACUAUAUCAGACAUGCAGCCUGAAGAACGUGUCUCUCGGUCACGGCAGGAGACACUGGAGUCAGGAAAGAAGGGUCCACGACGGCUUUCCAAGGAAAGACCACAGGCCAAUCGCGAUAAAAAUAGCUUCAUCGAAGUGUUAUACGGUAACGAACGACGACCCCGGUAAGAGGCCGCAUAUGCGCCGCAUUUUGGCACAAGCCACUCCUUUGAAUCUUCGUUGCAUGUGUGGGGAAAUUUCAUGCCGUCAUUGUUCUACAAAGGCAUAUAGGUAUAUAAUGGGCGAGCUUGAUGUAACAAUACAGGACUGGAUCGCGGGCUUUUUGGUGCGUUUCGAGAAGAGCAACGACGUGUAUCACUAUGAACAUCAGAUAAAGUCUCGAAUAAGAAGAAGACGCUGUCAAUGGUCUAA